UAACCUCCCGAUCAAUCUGUUCACUUCAGAGAACCUAACCCUAACCUAAUUUCAAAUUUCGAAAUUCUUGUUAAUGCUUCAAUCAAUUUAACUGUUGGCCCAUUCACUCGAGAAUUUCAAGGUAGAGAGUUUAUUGUGCCAGUGGAGGAUUUGUUGGAGAUUGGAAGGGAUUGCUAUAGUUGGACUAUGAUUUGUGAUUCCUCAAAAGCUGGAACACUAGGAAGAGUGGAAGAUUUUAUCGCUUAAAGGUGUUUGACUGUUGGCACAAAGGUUUUGUUCGAUAUGAAUGAUGAAAUGUAAUCUGUACAUACUGACUCUUAACUUCUGAAAUUGACUUAAAUUCUGAGAUUUGGUUAUGAAGAUCAAGGAAAUACUUUGGCAUUGGUUGUGGCACUGAAGGCUUGAGAGGUUUGAAAGUAUAUGGAGUUUGAAUGUUGAUUUUGCUUGAUAAGGAUUUAAAGGUUUCUAACCAUUGAGGGUGUCAUUAGAUAAGUAAAGUGGUCAUGGUGGUGAUAUUUUGCUUUUAGUGAAUGGUUAAUGGGGAGGUUUUUGAUAUCCAGUUCAUUGAAGAAGAUGAGGAGAGACCACAUUUUGAAGAACCCAAUUUGUGUUGUAUUUAUAACAAUUUCUAUUUGUUGCUUGUUUGUUUUGAUUUUUUCAAUGCUUAGGCUUCCUGAGAUAUCACUAGGAAGGCCUUACUCCAACAUGAUAAACAGAGAUGUUCUUAGAGAUGACGAGUUAGGGAAGUUUGUGGAGAUGAUGGUCGGAAUGUUGCCUGAAGAUCUUGCCUUUACUGUCUUUGUACCUUCAGAAAAAGCUUUUGAACGUGAUUUGAGGCUACGAGUCAAUCAUGACCUGGAAGGUGACAAGAUAAACAAUACAUAUGCAAUACUUUCUCGAAUAUUGGGUUUCUCUGCCGUUCCUCGGACUCUGACUACACUUACAGUACCUUUUGGUGAAGAGAUCUCUUAUGAUUCAUUAUCUGGAUUUACAUUAUAUAUUUCAAAGGUUUCAGAUGCAAUGCUUGUGGUUAACAGAGUUAAGUCAGAAAGGGUAGAUCUCAAGAAAGGGAAGAUUGUUGUACACAUAAUGGAUGGGGUCAUUAUGGAUGCUGAUUUUGAACAAUCAGUUUUGCCUGAUAACAAUGAAGAAGAUGAGUGAAGUCAACCUCCUAAUUCCCUAUAAAUGUAAAACUUUUGGAUGUCAUAUUUCAAACAACCAUUAAACCUCAAAUUGACAAAUAUUCUUGAACAAUUUUGGAAAAAAUAUUUAUAGAUACUCCUGUUUGAUAUUACGUUUCAGAUAUUGGAAAUGUAACUAUAAGGCGUUCUUGCCUGCUUGGG